GUCGUCGAUGGUUGCCGUGCGUGUGUUAUUGAUGCGAGGAUAUCAAUUACCAUAAAAGUUUUGUGUGUAUACAUAUCCGGAUAAUUGCGGUCCGAAUCAAUCAUCUCUCCGCGUCGAUCGAUCGAUACCGCAGUUUUGGGAGCAGUUCACGCUUAAAAGCAUAUUCGUGGAGCUUAUCGGGGCCAAUUUUCCUGCUCUUUUCGGACUGUGGCCCCCUUCGGAAUCGCGAGAAAAAGAGGCGUUAGGCCGCCGCGCCAGAGAUAGGAGAAAGUGAAAAUUCGCGUCCGCUGCCAGUGCUGCAGGGGGAAAAAGUGGCUCGCGUCAGAGUAAUUAAACAUUAUUAACUAAUAAAGCGAAUAAAAUUACAAUCAUCAAACAAGAGAGUGAAAAACAAUUGCAGCAGCAGCAGCAGCAGCAUUACGGAAGGAAAAACACAUUCGGGAAAAGUGUUGCGCUAAGACAAUAACAUGGAAAUUGAUCUGUUAUUGUUAACUAAUGUCCAUAUGUGUAAAUCCGCUGAAAGCAUCUUCAUCAUCAGCAACAGCAACAGCAGAAACAACAAUAGUUACAGCAUUCCUAAUAAGCACAGCGACGAAGACGACCACAUCAACACCUAACCAGGGAGGAGGAGAAAUUACACAACCUCCCCAUCAUCGCCAACAAUCGACAGCAGGCCGGGGGCAAACAAGAUCACCCCCUUUCACCCUAAUGCAUAAUCACACAGCCUUUGUCGUCGUCGUCGUCGUCAGUCGCGGUGGCGGCAAGAUUUGAUUUAAUUAAGCGCCGCCCGAGUGUCGUCGCCCGCUGCUCGUGGAAAACAAUAGGCCCCCGCGAACAAUUAUCGCCACCAAGAGUCGCGUGUGCCCAGCUCUCACCCGAGCGCGCGAGUGAGCUUUUCUUGUAAAUGCGCGGAAAAAAGGUCAAACCCUAGAUGUGAGAAGAAAGCAGAAAACCUCGACCACCGCCUCGUGUGAGUGUAUGUGUGGGGGGGAAAAAUGCUCCCCUUUGUGCAAUCAACUCGAGAGUUUGCAAGUGAAUAGCGUGAAGCUCAAGUUUUUAAGCUUUUCUGAAAAUCUUUGCACAGAGCUAGCAGGGCGAGAAGAAAGAAGAAAAGUUUGCGAAUGUGUUGUAGUGCUCGUGUGGAGUGUAGUGUUUAGGCUCUUUUUCUGCUUCGUUACGGGGGAAGAUAUCUACUAAACAAUGGAUCGGUUUAGUGUGAACAACGGAUCGGCUAAUGCCGGUGGUGGGACUUCCACUUCUGGCGCGGUCGUCAACAGCACUGGUAACAAUGCUGCAAGUGGAGGAGCUAGCAGUAUCGUCACUGCCACCAGUAAUAGCAACAUCAAUAAUACCGGCAGCAACAACAACAAUAGCAAUAACAACAAUGGUGUGAAGUUGCGCCCUGAUCGCGGUAAUGCGUCCAUUGACUCGACGCUUUCAUCGGCGUCUUCGUCGUCAUCGACGGUCGCCUCCGUUGCAUCCAGCUAUCGGAGAUCGUUUCACCGGUUGGGACCGGGCAGUGCCAGUGCCACGUCCGAUUACAGCAUGUCAACGUUGCCGGAAUCGAUUCAGGACGAGCAGCAUCCAUCGAAUGGGGCGGGCGACGCACACACGGCACAUCAUGGCGGUAGCCGAUUGCAGCAGCUAACAGGUCCUCCCGGCAGCGGAGCUGGCAUGGCCAGCCACAACACGUCCGGACUGCCGGGGCUUCUCGGUCCGCAGAACAACAGCAGUCUGACGCAGGCCGGACUGGAAGAGUACAGCAGGUCAUACUACGAGCAAACCAUGUACCACCACCAGAAGCAGUCGUCCUAUGCCCAAUCGGAGGGCUACCACAGCUACGUGUCCAGUUCGGAUUCCAGCUCGACGCCGUUUCUCGAUCGGUUGCGCCAGGACAGUGAACUGCUGCUGUCCCGAUCGUCCCAUAACUGGUCCCAGCAAGACCUGCAACAGCUAUCGUCCUCCAGCAAUAGCAUCGGGGACAACAACAGUUCGGAGAGUACUUCCUCGACGGAGACCCUCAAGUGGCUCGGAUCGAUGAGCGAUGUAUCGGAGGCAAGCCACGCCACCAGUAUGUCCGCGCUUUCCAGUGCCGGUUCCACAUCGCAGCUGAUUGCGCAUAGUUCUCGCGUCCGGACACCUCAGCGUCACAAUUCCGAAAGUAUCCUGUUCAUGACCACCGAAGAGCAACAGCAACAUCAACAACAGCAGCAACAGCAGCAGCACUUGCUCCACCAACAUCAGGCCCUGCUCGGUAGUAGCCAUCAAUCGCCGGCGGCAGUUGGUUUGGUGUCCCAGUCGAUGGUGUCGCUGCAUCACCACCACUCGCACCCGCCACAUUAUCUGAACGGAUCGCUCCAGCAACAGCACUCGCAAGGAAGUCCCACCAGCUCCUCAUCCUCCAGUGGAUCGCCGGUCGGGGAGGAUCUGCGGUUUCAGCACAGGACGCCCUCGAAUACGUCCCUGGCAUCGUCCGCGUCCGCACCUCCCGGCAAUGGGACCGGGAUGAGUGGCGGCGGCAACAGCUGCAACAAUUCGAUCCGAUCUAGUCGUAGUAAUAAUCGGCUGUUUCCCAUCAGCACCUACACCGAGAUUCCUAGCAACAACGUUAGCAGUAGUAAUGGUAGCAAUAAUAAUAAUAAUAGUAGCAAUAAUAGUACGAGUAGUAAUCCGGCCACACCCAGUGGCAUCAGCCUGGUUGACGGUUCCAAGCAACUCAGUCCGCACAACUGGCAAUCGGUAGCCGAGCGCAUCAACGAGCUUGAAAAGCAUCAGCUAAACAAUAACAACAACAACAACAACAACAACAACAGCAUCAGUGGCAAUAGCAACAACGCCAACCCUUCCAAGAAUCUAAGUCAGCAUACGGCGGCAGCCCCUAAGCCUCCACUACAGCAGCAGCAGCAACAGCAGCAGCAGCAAAGCCCCCAGAAGUAUACGUAUUUCGAUCCGUCCAAAACGCACCGGGUUCCGAACCCAUCGCUGAAGGCGUUCCAGAAAAACGCUGUGAUAUCCUACUUUGAGCGGCAGCAGGCACACGCUCGCGAAAGCAACCACAACCUUUCCCGGCCGACGACGUUGAACCUGCACCAGCAGCAACAGCAGCUGCAUUCGGGAUCACCUCCGUCCCUGAAAUCGUUCUCGCAACGUUCCUCCAUCUCCAGUGCGUACUCCUCGUCGGGGAGUACCAUGGACCUGACUCCGUCCUCGCAGUCUCCGCUCGCCGGAAACUACCACCACCAUCCGAGCAUCGUCGUUCAGCAACAGCUGGACAAGAUCGCUGCCAACAACCUCCGGAAUCAGUUGGCUUCCGUCCAUACGAUGAAUCUCCUGAACAAAGUGCAGUCCCCUCCGUGUCAACAGACUGCCCAACUUAUCGAAUCGCAGAUGAUCAGCAACGCCUCGUUAAUUCUCAGCAACGAUCAAACUCCGGACUCCGAUGCCCUGGAUGCCAAUGGAUCUCCACCGCCGCCGCCUCCACGAUCGCGAUCGAUCGGAAUGCCCGGUAUUAGCAACAACACGACCAUGUUAACGGCAGCAGCUACGCACGCAGCCCAGCUGGCCACCGUUCGAAGGACCUCCUCGGCGUCGGAAUACUCGUCCCUCCGUGAUCAAAUGAUUCAACAACGGCAGCAACUAUCCAAGGAUCUCCUCGGCCCCAUGAUCAUGGGUCCCAUCAUUGCUCUGGAUGAUUGGGUCCCGGAGCGGCCUCCCAAGAACCCAAUGCUCCGGAUACCAAGCCCCGAACUUCCACCACCUCCUCCCAUGAUGAGCCCAACCGAAGACGUAGUCCUUCUUUACCAAGAUGAACCCCUGCCACCUCCCCCACCGGAAAUUCUCCGACACAUUCGGCAACUCAGCGACUCCGGAGAACCGAAAUCGAACACUACAAGCCGCCGGAACAGCUUCGCCGGUCAAACAAACAAAAAGUCCCUGUACCGAGCGUCCACCUUCGAAAAUCUAUCCCCUCCUCCCCCGGGAGCACCACCAUCCCAACCGCAAAUCAGCCAACUGAUCAUCCCUCCCGCCGUGCCCAAGAAACCCCAACCCAUGGAUCCCCAGGUCAUCUAUCGACGGCCAUCGUCCAGCAUGGCAAAAUCACAACAACCUGCUUGCAAUUCCCCCACACCCAACUCCGUCCACCAAGCGCAUCGAGUAGUGGUCAAUGGCAAACCAGACCAGAGGCAUUCACUCCCGAUGCAGCUCAAUUCGCCAACCCAGCAGUUCGUCCCGCGUCAAUCGGACGCGCGAGUCUCCAUGCGAAAACGAUCGCACAACUCCCAACAAAUUCCGGUGGCGGAGUAUCUCCUGAAGGCGGUUGCCGUCACGCAUCAUCAGAACGGUCAAAUGGUUCCUCCCUCUACAACUACCGUUGCAGCAACAGUUGCCACUUGUGUUAACAACAAUAACAACAACAACAACGGGGGACUGAUGAUGAUGACAUCGCCGCCACCGCCACUGAAACCACGGAUGUCGUUGCAGCAGCAGCUAUCGUUGUCGCCGCUUCAGGAUCUCCAGAAUGGUGGACCGCUGAUCUCCAUGGGCAGUAAAAGUUGCACCGGUCGGGAGCACUACGACUAUCGGGUCACCGAUCAUAACAACAACGCCACCGCAACCGCCUUCACCACCCAUGAUAACAAGUAUGGUUACCAGGGCAACCACCCCCGGUACGAAGUGGACAGCAGCGACGAGGACGAUGGCGACUCGAUUCUCGACUGCCGCCGCCGAUCCGGGAGUUCUAGUUCCAUCUCGACCAGCACGGCCAGUAGCAGUGGCAGCCGUGGUUGGCUGGAGUACUUCAGUUCUAGCAGGUGGCAUCUUCCACCGCCUGUCCGGAAGACCCUUGCGCUGAUGAGUAACUCCAAGGCCUCAUAUCUACCGCGCCAACCACGGGACAAGCUCCACUCGGAUCCGGACCAUGGCAGCUACAAACUGACAUUAACCUCCAACGAGGACAGCAUCAAUCACAACGACGUCUUCCCAGAGGAGAUUAUCACCUCGCCCAAGUGCAAUCUGCCGGACGUACUGCCCCCCGGGGUCAAGUACUCGCUCUACUCAAACAAUAACAAUAAUAACAAUAGCAACAAUAACAACAACAACAACAAUAGCAGCAGCACCACCACCACCACCCUAGGGGGCAUUGGAAAGCCAAUCGUUGGAAAACCGCCGAAAACGAUUCCCCACAGUGCGCCCAUAAUCUCGACCAAUAGUCUGAAAUCGAUGUUCAAUUUUACGCCCCAGCAGCCACAGCAAAAUCAGGUCACACCUCCGAGUGCUUCCUCACCGGUGACCCCGCCGCCUGCGUACAAGCCAUCAUCAUCCUCCCCGUCAGGAGGAAGCCCCACUAACCAAGCUAUCAGCCCCAAAUAUACAUCCCAGUCGACGUUCGAUCUGAAAAAGACGCAAAUUCUCGACUCCAAGUAUCUGAUCCAGCAGCAUCAGCAGUACCCGGCCCAGAUUGGACUACCACCAGCGCCAGCACCUCCGCCGCCGCCGCCGCCGUACAAUGAAUCGAUCAAUAAUACCAAUUAUUUCAAUCAUCCGCACGGUGGCCCCAACACUACUGGCUGCAGCCAGCAAACUGUAAAUAAUUGUAACGAAAUUUCAGAAAAAUCCGAUAGCUUCGAGUCGAGCAUUAGCACUGGCACCACCAGUACAAGCACCGUUGAGCCAGUGGAAGCGAACCAAAACGGCACCAACACCAGCAAGAUCGGCGCUGCUGCCACUUACGAUGGUUUCGCGGCCCAAGAGGAAGAAGAUUCGAUCAGUAGCAACAACACCUCAAUCUGUGCGGAAGCAAACCUAUCGAAUCCGAUCGCCGCGUGCAACGUCGAAGAAUCUCUCACCGUCGUCGCGCUCGAACGUGUCACCAAGGAGAUCAACCUAGAACCCGUUGUUGAAUCAUCCGAACAACCACCGGCAGCGGCAACUAAAGUGGUUCAACGAACGGAAAUCGUUCUUCGGGUAGCCGCCCCCACAUCGGAAGCAUCCUCGCAAACGGACAACGAACUAGCCGCGGCGGCCUGCAGUAGCGAAUCGAACGCGCCUCUCCGAUCGCCCACGACGACCAGCUCGUCGUCCAUCGCCGUAGGUAUCGCCGAACUGGUGAUAGAUCACACAGGAGCGGCAGGAGUGACCAAGCAUUCGGUGGCCACUUCGACGACGUCCUCGCCACCCAGCACACCGACCAGUGCCAAAGCUCCGGGAGGCUUCUUCAGCAAAGCGUGCACGGCCGCACCCCGCAAGGUGCACCCGGAGGAAAUCGACUGUGAUAAGCUGUCGCACGAUCUGAUCAGUCAACUGUCGCCCUCGGAUAAGCUGCACACCAUACUGGCUCCCAAAACGUUCAAAUCGACCUCCGAUUAUGUUUCUGACCUGUUCAACAUUCAAAUAGCACCCCGACCGAUGAAGAAGGAUGCCUCGACGGCGACGCCGGAAGUCAGUCCGCAGAAAAGCCCGCUGGACAUACUGACCACCAGUUCCACCUACUUCCAAGUGUCGGAACCGAAGGCGAAACUGAUGACCCGCUACAGUCGCGAGAUGACGCUAAUCAAUGGCGAUUGCUGUGAUCUGACCAAGAAGAAGGAGGAGCUCGUCCAACGUCUUGGCAAAAAGUUACUAGUCCUGUCAAACGAGCAAACGAGCAUUGCCGAGGAGAGCAACGCCAACGACAUGCUCGGCAACGACGUCGCCCUCAAGGUGGCCCAAAAUGUGCGGCCCACCGAUGCGUCCAAGUUCCGUUCCUACGUCGACGAUGUCGGAUACAUCACCAUGCUCCUGUUGUCCCUCUCCGGUCGCCUAGCCCGAACCGACAAUGCCCUGCACAACAUCGACGAUUCUCACCCAGAUAAGAAAAUCCUCGAAGCCAAGAGGGAUCGACUGCUGGAACAGUUGGAGGAAGCCAAACAGCUCAAGGACGACAUCGACCGUCGAGGGGCAAUCAUCUCGAAGAUCCUGGAAAAGUCGCUGACCAUCGAGGAGUACGCCGACUAUGAUUACUUCAUCAACAUGAAGGCGAAGCUUAUCGUGGACUCGCGGGAGAUUGCCGACAAGAUCAAACUGGGCGAGGAGCAGUUGGCCGCCCUCAAGGACACCCUGGUGCAGAGCGAAUGUUGAUCAAAGCUCCGGUCCCCAGGGGGGUCUCGUCGUCGUGUAAAUAGUCGUUAUAUUUUCGUCGUUUUAAGGUAGCAUUAGACAAGUCGAUUUUUUUUAACGUAUGUGUACGUGUUUAGUCUGUGUAGCGUAGUAAGGGGCGAAGUUAAUCUAGAACAGAAACAAGUUAACUCUUUGAGCGAACGGAGCGAAAAGAGGUAAAAAAAUAAUCGAUCGGCUGUUGAGUAGAAUUAGAUUUAACAAGAGAAAAUUUGAGCUGAUAGGGAGCAUCGCUGCAGUUAGAGCAACUCUCGCAAAUUUGUAAAUUUAUGUAAAUUAUCGCAAAUAUUUUAUUUUAUCAUUACUUAAGAUGUUUCGGAAAUAAGUGUUUGUCUUUCGUAAAUUGUUUGGAAACAAAAUCAAAGAAACUCCCAAUCGUUUAGGCCAAUAGAAUCUAAAGUUCAAUCAUUAGUUAACGCAAGCAAAAACGUGCAACUUGAAUGGUUCGUCAAGUGACGAACCUGGACGACUGCUCUUGAUUGCUACAAAUUUAGCAAAGUAACAUUGCAAUUAACUUUCUACAAAUGAUAUUUAUCCUUUUUCCAAGUACUAACAUUCUGGUGAUAAGGCAGAAAGUUCUUGCAUUUCAAUGUAUGAUGUUGAAAUUCAAAGAGUUUUUAAGUGCACCCGCUCAUUGUUUUUUCUUUGUUUUGUUUUGUGUGAUCUCUUUCCAUUUUGCACCGCUUUCCUUUGUAUGAAUUGGUCUACGGUUUUCCCUUUUUCCCCUUCUUCAUUUUUUUUUUUUCUUUUUUGUUGUAAUUUCUUAUUUUUUGUUCAGUGUGCAGUGCCUUAUUAUGUUAAGGUGAUUCCUUGUAGCGUUCUUUUUCACCUUACACUUCGCAAUGUCACAAGUCAAAAUAGUAAGGUCUUUUAGUGGCUAAAACUAUUGCUUACUUGUUGUCAGCUGCGGAGCAGCAAGCAAAAACUGAACUUUAUAGAUUUAUAAACAUCGUAAAUCUUGAGAUUUGUGCUCUCGAAAUUGCAAAGUGUGGUAAGAAAAAGGGCUCUACUUGAAAACACCUUAAAACCCUCAUUAACCGUGUAUUUAAAACGUGUCUCACCAGAAACCAAAUGUUCGAAAUUUGGUUGACGGGUGUGUAGUGUAGGUUUUGUGAUUCGUUAAAUUUAUGUAACCAAUUCUUUCUCAACAACCCCCCCCCCCUCCUUUUUAAAAUAAACACCUCUCAAAGUAAGUUCACGUUUGUUUUAAAACCCACUUAACGUCAACAAGAGCUCGUUUCAACUAAAUCGUAAGUCAAUGCGUCGAUUAGUUUUACAUUAUCACUUUGUUAAUAAGCAAAACGUAUUGCAACUAGGUGCUUAAACGAUUACUUAACAAUUUAUAUACAGUUUGCCCAUUAUAUUUUAUCCACGCUGGCGGGGGUGGGAAACUUUUCUUUCCUCCUUCGCUCGCGUUCGUCCGCUAGAAACUGCAAUCAAAAUAUAUAAUCAUAUCCGCAACCUACUCCCUAUGUUUAUCGUUUCUUAGUUUCCUUAUUAUUUAGCCUCAAUAGUUAGAAAGAGACCUUACAACUGUGUAUAUUUUUUUUUUUAAAUUAGGAUGCAAUUUUCAAACAAGAUUAGCCGCGGACAAGGAGAAAUGUGGGAGAAAUCAAAAAAGUAUUGUGAUUUUAUUGCGAAUUUUAAAAUACACGUAAAUCGUUUCUUUUAGAGGAUAAUUAUUAUAAUCAGAACUGUUAUGUAAAAUCUGUGUCUCCUUUCGCUCUACUUUUACUAUGUGUGCAAAUUAUUUACGAAAAUCAAACAAGUAACUAGUUUCUUCCACGGUUAAAACCUAACAUAAAUGUAUGUUCUCUGUGUCGAGUAAACGAGAGUAAGGAAUAAAUUCGCUUGAAAAUUUAAAA